CAGAAAAAUAUGGCAGAUACAGGCUACAGUUCAGGCUCUAAAGAUGAAGAAAACGACUCUCCUACGAAAUCAGAGGAAAAAAGAGCUUUCAAAGACCCUUUGAUCAGUGGUCUAGAUGUCACAGACGAUGCUGAUAUGGAGAGUUUAAGUUUGGAUGCAUCAGGAAAGUCUGACAUCAGUGUUUCCAGAAGUUCUAGUCUUAUAGCCAAUUUAAGUCAUUUUGAAGAUGCAGAGGAUGACACACAUGACCUAUUUGUGCAUGUUGACGACCCAGAAAAGCAUACUGGUACUAUGGAAUCCUAUGUUACAUUUAGAGUUAAUACUAAAACUACUCGAAGUGAAUAUGAUGACAGUGAAUAUUCAGUAAGAAGACGAUAUAAUGACUUUUUAUGGCUCAGACAGAGAUUGGAGGAAACAUACCCGACACAUUUGGUUCCUCCACUCCCUGAGAAGCAUAGUUUGAGAAGAUUGGACCGUUUCAGCCCAGAAUUCCUGAGAGUAAGACAAGCAGCAUUACAGAAAUUUCUUAAACGCAUAGCCGACCAUCCUGUUUUGUCCUUUGAUAAGAGUUUUCAAGUAUUUCUUACAGCAAAAGCAUGGGAAUUUCAAGCUUAUAAGAAGCAAGGGACUGGUUUAUUAGGUAGAGUAACAGAUUCAUUACAUAACAUAAGUGCUUCAUACAUGAAUAAGAACAGACCUCCAGAAUUUGUUAUCAUGUAUGACUAUAUACAUGCCUUGUCAGAAAAGAUUGGUGUUAUGGACAGAAUAUGUCAGAGGGUUUCCAAAGAACAAGCCGAGCAUUUAAUAGAACUAAGUGAAUGGGGACCAAUAUACACACUUUGGUCUAAUUCUGAAGAAGAACUGGUACCCUCCUUGCUUGCCAUGUCAGAAGCAGUAGAUAAAUGUUGUCAGUAUAUGAGGGAAGUGAUUGAUGCAAAUGAUGAUGAUUUUGCCCAACCAUUAAAAGAAUAUAUAUUAUUUACAGAUGCAAUAAAGGCUGUUUUACGAAGACGUGAUGCUAUACAAAUGGAAUUUGAUGCUACUGUUGAUGAGCUCAAUAGAAAAAAAGAUGAAAGGGAACAGUUAAAGAUCUCAGAUCAGACUUAUUCAAUUGGUGCAUUCCUUGGUAAAGAUCCUGAAGAUGUAAAACAACAGAAACAAGACAAGUUAGAACAUAAUAUAGAGGAGCUAACGAAGCAAAUGGAAGAAUUAAAUGAUAAAACAGUAUGUGCUGACACUGAUCUCAGGGCAGAUAUGGAAAGAUGGCAUAAAAAUAAACAGAAAGAUCUCAAGGAAUUGUUUAUGUCUCAAGCUGAUAGACAAAUAAAAUAUUAUGAAAAGUGUUUAAAAUCAUGGGAAGGUGCAAUCAGGAAAAUACAAGCAAAAGAUUUAGAAUUUAUAACUACAGAAGUUCCAGAAGAGCCACCUCAGUCAGAUUCCUAGUCACGAUAUCUAGUCAAGCCAUUGUACAUGUCAUUCAUUUCAAGACUUGUGAUAUAAAACAUUACUCAGAAACCAUUGUUGAUAUAAAGUACAAUCAAAUGAAACCUAUCUAGGUGACCAUUUUUAUAGCAUUUAUUCAUUCAGACACAUUUGUUGUUUUGGUAUGCACCUUAUAUAUGUCUAAACACACUUUGAAUUACUGCAAAUUCGGAGGUGAAUUUAUGGACAAGUUGCAUUUCAACAAAAAUAUGAAAGUUAUUUUAAAAGUUAUUCAAGAACAUGUUAUAUUAAUAAAGUUUCAAUUAUAGGAUUCUUUCCAGUCACAUUUUAAAUAUUAAAUAAAUGCAAUUAUAUCUAAAUUACCAGUAAAAGGCCAGACAAAUUUCUAGAAAUUCAAUAUCACACUUGGUUGCUAUUGUAAAGAGUGAAAAUAUUAACUUACAAGGGUCAUAAUCAAUAUCAAAAUUUGUGUCAACAUUUGUUAUGAUCUUUAUCUGACAAUAUAACACCUUAUGUAUAAAGCUUCUAGGGAUGAUCUUUCAAAAAGAGUCCUGGAAGGUUCAGAACUAAACUCAAAUAUAGUAUGUGUCAUACAAAAUUGAAUUGGAUGCAUAAUUUAUUGAUUAGAAAUUUUCACUUGCAGUUCCAAACUUUCAAGAUAUCCUUUUCUACAAGAGACCUUAACCAAUGAUUUAUGAUACAAAGUCAGCAAUAUUUAUAAAGUUCCACUUCAGAUGUUGUUAGCAUAACUCUGUGGGAUAUAAAGUUUAUUUUAAUUGUAAAAAUGCAUUUAAAAAACAAAAGAAUAUAUUCAUGUACAUUUCUUGGAUAUUUGCAAACAUUCCUUUUGUAUGCAAGCUGUCUGAUUUUGUCAAUGUUUAGGGCGUCAAUUUCUGUAUAAAAAUGGGUUAUUUGAUGCAGAAAAUACAAAUUUAUGUUUAUGUCAUCUUGGAUUUAAGAGCAUUUGAUUAGAUACACAAUACUCAAAAAAGAUUAAUCAUAUUGUAUUGACAUAAUUCUAUGUGUUUUAUUAGAAUUAAUUAGAAUGCAUGUAUACUAUAUCUAUUACUGUAAAUUUUGGACUAUUCAGCAGUGUGGGAAGUAAAUGCUGUAAAUUAUGUGACAAAUUUCAAUAUUGUCAAUUUUACAUUGACAAAAAAAGUUCUCAAAAUUGUAUGAUUAUUUCUUAAAGGUUGUAGAGGAAUAAUUUAUUUGUUAGUGAUUAUUAUUUUGUGAUUCAUAACAAUAUAAGAUUUAUUAUUUAUACUUUACUUUUUACUAAAAAAUAAGUGAAUUGCUCUAUCGUUUCCUGAACUUCAUGGUUUUGUAUUGUAAUUGAGAUACAUUAAAUCUCAGAAUUAUGACCAUUGAAUAGAAAAUUAAAUGUAAAGUGAAAUUUUCUAUAUCAUGUGUCAUAAAACCAGUUAAAACUAAACCAUGACAUUUUCAUAUUAAAGACUUUUCAAAUAUCAUGCACAUCACAUUCAUUUUCAUGUAUAUGUUAUUGUCAUAUGUGUUGCUAUAUCUAAAUGUUAUAAAUAUGUGUGUACAUGUAUGAAUAAUAUCAAAGCUACUAGGUUGUGUUGUGAUUAGAAAAUAUUGUAACUGUAUUCACAUAUCAUACAUAUUUAUACUUUUAUAGUCAAAUGUGAAAAAUGCACAUAUUUUUGUGUUAUUUUUGUUUAAAGUUCCCAGGUGUAAUGAUGGAAAGCUGUUUCAUAAGUUCAAGAUAUCAAUAUAUUUUCCUCUUUUAACUGUGUAAAGUCAAGCUUUUUUUCCUUUAUGUAUCAAUAUUACUAAAAAUAGCUUUCUGUUGAAGAUGAAGGAAAUGAUUUGAUGGAUACUUAAAGGACACAUUUAAAAGAAUCUAGCUAGUUUUAAUAUGUCAAUUAUAUUUCCUCUUUAAGAUGUUCACACCAUAUUACCAGCUAUCACUACAACAGAUACAACAGGAUCUGUGUACAGAUUGCCAUUCAAAACAAGUAUUUUUGCUAUUGUUUACACCAGUUUCUUGUCUUGCUUUGAUAAUCACAUACUGUAAUUUUGAUCUGUAUUACUGUGUCUGCAGUGCUGUAGCCAGUAAUAGGGUGUGAUGUUGGAACACAAUGCUUUUUGCCUACAUCCCUAGCAUAAAUUUUCAAUUGCAAGUCCAUUAUUUGGAAACAUAAUUGAUAAAAUCCCAUUUUAAUGCAUUUAAAAACAGCCUAAUCAAGUUUCAAUAUAAAUCCUGUUAAAAAGCCCUGUUCAUUAAUUUAAUGACAUUAAAUCUUCAAGGGGAUUGGGGGAUAAGUCUUGAGAUAAAGUUAUUUUUUCUGCACAUUUAAUAAAUAAAGACCUGCAAAGGAAAGUAACAAAACAUGUAAUCUGGAGGCACAAAUCUCUUUGUAUGUUUAUAUACUAAGAGUGUCCUCAAGUUGGAAGUUUAAUAUUUUUAUAUAAGAAUAUUUGAAUUAAAAACAUCCUAAUUCCCCAAAAGCUAACUAGGAUUAUUUGAGCAUCUCCAGUUUUGGAACCAGAAGUUGAUUAUUAUAUGGAAAACCAUCAAUAAAAGUAGGUUUAAUAAUUUACAGGACACCUUGUCAAUCAAAUUUGAUGAAAAUUCUAUCAUAGCUGAUUUGACAUAACAUUGUUUAGAGUAUUAAAUUUCUACUCUUAUAGUGUUUUGCUUACCUUUGUGUAAUAACUUAGAAUGUUUAAAUAUCAGCAAUAUAUAUAAAAAAAAAAGCACCCUGCAUUUUCAUUGUACACUUGAUAAAUAACAGAUUUACUAACAAGUUAACUUAUGAUAGAAGCUCUUAAAUUUCAUUGGUUAGACAAUUAUUUCAAAUGUAUAAUAUGGGCAAAGUGCAAUUCAUUGUGUUACAAUUAAAAUUAUAUAUGUAUAUAAAUGAAUGUAUUGAAUGUUAUACAAGAUAAAAAGUUCCUGUUUAUGAAUGAUAAUUUAAAAAGUUUUAGGCAAUGUUUGACACUGAAUUUCUUUUUAUGUAUAUGUUUAGUAUGUACAUGGGACCAGUGGUUUCUUUUUAUUUUAUUUAUUUUGUCUGUUUACAUUUUGUCUUUGUUUAGUUUUAAUUUAUUUAUUACAUUUAUGUAAGACAAAAACAAGCACAAACACAAGAUACCAAUAUAGUCAAACAAUAGUCAAACAAUGUCUUUGGUAUAUUUUCAGUAUGUUGACAUUUAACCAAACAUGUAUGCAUUCUUAACUAUUACAUCACAUAGAAACAAACUAUAAAAUGUAUUUAAAAAUAAUUCCCAAAAAAGGGGAGAUAACUCACAAAUACCAAUCUAUUUACUUCUGCUUUACAUUUUAAUGUUAAAUGUUUAAUGAGGUUGUAGGUCUGUUGAAAAAAAUGUUAAUAGAAAUUUAAUACAAAUGUAUGCAUCUUUGUAUCCAUGAGGUCCAUAAAGACCUGAUUUUGUUCCUAUGGCUGUGCUUUUCCUCAAAAUGAAUGGUGAUAUAUUCUAAGAUAUACAUAUUAAGUUGAAAAGAUUAUUAUUUGGUUCAUACGUAUACAUGUAACAUUAUUCCAAUGUUUAGUUAAAGAAAGGUUGUAAUGUAAUUCUAUAAAGAUAAUUCCUUCAAAAACAUUACAGGACUCUCAUACCUGGACCAGUAUUAAUUGAUUCUUUCAUAUUGAAGUUAUGCAAGUAAUAAGUACUGUAAAUUCAGAAAUAUUUUAGAUGUUUUUAUUAUUCUUCAUACUUAUUCAAAAACAUGAUAAAACGUAUAGUUCACCAUGCUUGUUUCUAAACUACAGGUUGGGCCAAAUAGACAUAUUUCAUAAGAAUUACAUUGGAAAAGAAUAAUUAUGUUAGUUAAAACGAAUCUUAAAAUGAAAAUAUAGAAUUUUGGAAUAAAUUGAGAAAAUAACUCUUAUAAAACAUUUUAAACAAAAAUGGGGUCAACAAAAUGUUUUCAUUGCACCAUAACAAAAUAGAUAAAUUUUCUGUACAUUCCAAAUUAUCUCUGUUAUCUCCCCUUAUGAAGCUGAAUUUUGAAUUUCUGUGAAUGAAAAUAACUAUGUACUCUAUGAAGAGAUUUAAAAGAACUUGGUAAAAGUUGUCAAAUAUGUAUGAGGGAUAUCCUAAAAAAGUGCUUUGCUGAAUAGAUUGGUAAUGUAUACACUAAAAAGGUAAAGGAGUACAUAAUGAACUUUUUUUUCAAUUUUCUUUUAAAAUUGGUGUAAAGCUUUUAAGUUAACUACCAAUUUAAAUAUUCUAGUGUGUUUGUCAGAAAAAAAUAUGUGAAUGUUAUCUGUACAUGUAGUCAGAAAGCAAGAACUUACUGUUCACUUGUCACUGAUGUUUGACUCGGAAAAAUUUGUUCAAUAAAAUGUCAGAAUUUGU